AUGGAGGAUGUUGAAAUAAAACAAGCAUUAUUCAAAAAUGAGAAUAAAAUGAAAGGAGAAAAAUGUGCGAUAUGUAAAAGUAAAUACGGGAAAUUCAUAAAUGCAUUUUUAACAUGGGAAAUAGUAUUAUUAAUGGUUCAUAUAUUAAUAUACUUAGUAAUAAUAUAUAAAUUUGUGAAAGAUGGAAAAUUAACAUCAGGAAAUAAUAUGCUUUUUAGAUCAUAUUAUAGUGCUGGACAUUUUAUACAAGGUUUCUUGUUUGUUCUACUUUUAGUACCCUUUCAAUUUAAGAAAAAAAUUGUCAAAUAUUUAAUUAAUACAUCAUGUGUACAGAUGUGUAAUAAUGGAGAAAGUGAAAUAAAAGAAAGUUUUGAUGAUAUAGAAAAACAUAAAAUGAAUAAUGAUAUACAAGAUGUAGAUGAAGAAGAAGAAGAAGAUGAAGAAAGAAAAAAAGGAAAACAGAAAUCAUCAGAAGAUAUUAAAAUGAUGAUAAAUAAAGGAAAUGAUACUAGUAAUAAAAAUAUGGAUGACCAAUUAACAGCUAUCAAUUCAGAUUUAAAUGAAUUAGAAAAAGAAAAAUAUUUAAGUGAUGUAAAUAUAGGAAUGAAUAAUGAAAAUAAAAUUGAAGUUAUUGAUGAAAAUAUAACAAAUUCGUUAAGUGAAUCAUUUAUUAAUAAAUUAGUAUUUUGUUCUAAUACACCAAAUCAUAAAAAAAAAGAAAUUCAUUAUUUUUUUUUAUGUGCUAAAUUAUUUUCUUCAAACAAAAUGAAUUUUCUAUUUGUCCUAAAAUAUGUCUCCACCUUCAUACUCAUGUUCGCAUAUUCUUUAUAUAAUAUAAUCAAAAGAAAACUCCGUUAUAAAUAUUUUUAUUAUUCAUCGUAUUAUAUGAAUGCAUUUGAUUUUGCUGCAGGGUUAUUAGCAGGAGGCAUCUUUGUUUUAUUAUAUGGAAUUAUCCUUUUUUGUAUUAACCUUUAUAAUAAUACAUUUAAAAACAAAAAUAAAAAUUUCCAUUUUUAUGAUAAUUAUCCAUUUAUAAAUGAUGUUAAAUGUAUAUGUGAUGAAAAUAUAAAAUUAAAUAUAAGAAAUAAUCCAUACCUAAAAAAUAUUGCCAUCAACUAUUUUAAUUCAUAUUAUAAUUAUAAAAACCUUCUUUUUAUAGGUCAAAUGUUUUUGGUUAUUAUAAGUAUUUUUUCUUUUAUUUUUUCUAUUACGUCUAUUUAUGCCUACGAAUUAAAUAGACAAUAA